AGCAGCACAACCAUCAAUAUUGAUGAGAUUCUUUCUGUUGCUUCUGUUUCUUCCGUUAUAAAUAGAGACAGACUAUGCUGGGCUUUCACCAUUGAGCAGUUUCUUCUCUUCUCUUCCGUUUCCAGAGAAAAAAAAAAGGAAACACCACACACCAUCUAUAGAAACCAUGGCAUUUAGAUCUGCAAGCGCUCCUUCCAGCCCUCGUUCUAACAAAACCAAUGUUGAGGAACAGCUUCAGAGCUUGAAGGCAACCAUCACUUCACCCGCUGAAACCAUUGAAACAAUGCUUGAUGGUUUCAGCAGGAUUGGAGCUGUGUACAACAACAUUGAGGAGAUCAUAUGCUUGCCAAGCAGCCAAGCUCAACUUUGUCAGAAUCAGCAGAGGAAAGCAGUAGAGCAAGAGCUCGAGCAUUCCCUUGUGCUGCUCGACCUCUGCAACUCUAUCCAAGAGAGUGUUUCCAAGCUCAAGACAAGCAUUCAGGAGAUGCAGUUGGUUCACAAGAGAAGGGAUGCUACAGUUGUUCAGGCCAACAUCCAGUAUUUCAUUCGUCUGACCAAGAAGGUGCAAAAGCAGUCCAAGAAGAUCAGCAAGAAGUCUGCUUCAGCUGAGCAGGAGGGCUCCAGGGUGAUCAAGCUGUUGGCCGAAGCUAGAGAGGUCGCCAUCUCAAUGCUUGAGUCCUCUUCACAUCUCUUGUCAAAGAAGAUCACAACAUCAAAUUCUAGCAAGUGGUCACUUGUCUCCAAGGCAUUUCAGAAGACAAGGCUUGCAUGCCAGGAGGAGCAAUUACAGGCGUUGGAGUUCGCCAUCGUUGAUCUCGAGAGCGGAGUUGAGACUUUGUUCAGGAGAUUGAUCCAGAUCAGAGUUUCUCUUCUGAAUGCUCUAAGCUUGUAGAUAGACGAUGAACCAACUCUGGCUCCCUCUGAUCUGCAUCCGCCUUUUAUAGGAUCUGCUGAUCAUCAAAACAAUUUUCCAAUGUGUAUAUGAGAGGAAAUGACAAAUGUCAAAAUGUACAGUACAUCAGUUAGUCAAAAGGAAAAAAAAUAUUUUGGCCCAUGCUCAGUUGUCAAUUUUUACUGAUUUUGAAGCUUGUAUGUAUGACCAUUUUUCCUUUCCAGGAACUUAUUUAACCUCACACUGAGGACGGCCAAACAAUCACCUGAAUUUUGGGGUACUUAAGCUAAAGUUUAUUGAUAGAAAAAAAACUUAAAUUAUCAAUAAGAUGCUCACUUUUCCUGGAUGUUAUAGAAACAAUAGUACAGAAAGUUUGAAAAAUUCCUUUGAAGCCAGCAUUCUUUACUAGAGAUGAUGAGAUGGCCAUGCUUUCCUCAUUCACAGGAAUAUUAUUAUACAAUAUAUCUUGACAUCAUGCCAGCUGGUAAUUAGCAUAACCUAUGCCUAAUAAACCAACCAAUUAACAAUUAAUAGCACACAUAGAGAACCCAUACGACUCGCCA